GGCUCUGUCUGUGCAACCAAUGAAAUGUCCGCAAGGGGGUAGACGAGUUAAACUGAGAGACAGCGCAAGAAAAGUGUUAGGACUUUUUUAGCUGAAAUAUAUCGUGAAUAGUCUGAAACUCACUAUUACCUGUGUUUUCAUGUGAUAUAAUUAAAACCGGCGUAACCGCAUUGAAAUGGCUGGAGAUAUACAGCGGAGUAAUCUACUUUUAGAGAUUGUGGAUAGUACCAAUAUUCUUGACCCUGACUUCCAACAGCAACUUGAUUAUAUGAAGGAGCAGAUCCGUCGAGAGAUACAGAAGGAGCUAAAGAUUAAGGAAGGGGCAGAGAAUCUGCGUAAAGUGACAACUGACAGAAAGAGUCUGUCUCAUAUUGAGAAUAUCCUGAAAACCUCAAACCGUAAACUUGAGCAGCUGCACUGGGAACUGCAGGAAUUGAAUGGGCGAAUAGUUGUGAUAGACAGAGACAAGAAUGAAGCAGAUGAUGCUGUGUUACCUGAUCCAGUUUGCUGGGAACAGUACACGAUUUCCCAAAAUAGUCGGAUCAGCACACUUAAAAAGCAACUGAACAUUGAAAUGAAGGUGAAGCAGGGAGCUGAGAAUAUGAUCAUGACCUUCUCCAAUGCAGUUUCAAAGGACAGAAAGUUGUUGGCAAUGGCCCAGCAGAUGCUUCAGGAUAGUAGAACAAAGAUCGAACUCAUUCGGAUGCAGAUUGUGAAGUUGUCCCAGACUAUGGGAGAAAAUGAAGACAGUUCUGAAAUUGUAGGUGGGACAUUUGGGUCCCUGGAGUUUCGCAUUGAGGAGCUGAGACAUCAUCUGCAGAUAGAAUCUGCUGUCCAAGAAGGGGCAAAAAAUGUCAUAAAGCUGUUAGGAAGCAGUAAGGUCCAGGAUCGAAAGGCACUGUCUGAGGCACAAUCCCAGCUUCGAGAAUCUUCCCAAAAGAUUGACCUUCUCUACCUGUCUUUGGAAAAUCGUUUAAGAGAGCUUCCAGUCAAUCAUCCAAAAAAAACAUUAAUUACAAAGACACUGGAAGUUCCAGACUCUUCAUCAGUUGGACCGCAAGGCAUCUCUGUUGGUUAUCUUUUUCAGUCAUUCUCCUCUAUGCUUAAACCGGCUGCACUUACUGGCACACUUGAAAUUUUGCUAAGAGGUUGCCAGGAUCUACUAGAAGAUGUCCCUGGACGAUCCCACAUAAAUGCAGUGCAUCAAUCAGCAAGCAGUCCUGCUGAUAGAACUUCUCUGAAAAUAUGCAAGGGAAAGAGCAUCUAUGGAGGACGCAGUACUCCUAAUCGCUACCUUAAAGCAGAUGAUCCGAUUACAUCUAAAGAAGUGAGUACAGUCUUGAAAUUAGAUAAUAAAGUGGUUGGACAAACAAACUGGCAUCAUAUUAAGAACAAAGCCUGGGAUCAAAGCUUCAACAUUAAUCUCAACAAGUCUCGUGAGCUGGAAAUUGCUUUAUACUGGCGGGAUUGGCGAGAGAUGUGUGCUGUCAAGUUCCUUCGACUGGAAGAUUUUCUUGAUAAUAAGCGUCACAUAAUGCAUCUUCCCCUUGAACCACAAGGAACGCUUUUUGUGGAAGUUACUUUCAGCAAUCCUGUGAUAGAAUGGCAUGCAAACCUUCAACGGCAAAAGCGAAUCUUUCUUAAGCUAAAAGGGAAUGAUUUCCUGCGAGCAAGUCAAAUGAACAUUAACAUUGCCACAUGGAGUCGGUUGAUGAAGAACAUCCUUCCUCUCUGUAGUUCCAUGACUUCAUUAAGCCCACCUAUUACUGACACUGUUCAUGAAGCAUUGAAACAGUCUUUAUCACCAUCAUUACUGGGCAGGAUUAACAUGGCAUCACCACAAUUCUCAAGUAGUGUUCCCACUACUCAGCUGGUACUUGAAGACGACUGUCCCCCAAAGCCUCCAAGGCUUUACCUGUGGAAAGAGCUAGAGGAUGAAGCACUGUCAUCUUCAGUUUCUCAGGGUACCAAAAGACAAAACCUAGAAGAUGUAACAGACCAGUAUUGCGGGUCAUCAGCUACACCUUACCAGCCCAGAAAAACUGUAAGGAAGCAACUAGUACAACUUGAAGAUUUUCACUUGAUCUCCACACUGGGUAAAGGAUACUUUGGGAAGGUGCUGCUAGCAGAAUACAAGCGAACUAAAAACCUUUAUGCUAUUAAAGCCUUGAAGAAAGGAGACAUCAUUGAGAGAGAGGAGGUAGACAGAUUCUAUUCAGCUUGUGUUAUCCUUGGUUUACAGUUUUUACAUGAAAAGAUGAUCAUUUACAGAGAUCUGAAAUUGGACAACAUAUUGAUGGAUGCCAUGGGAUAUGUAAAAAUUGCUGACUUUGGGCUAUGCAAGCAAGGAAUAGGUUAUGGGGAUCGAACCAGCACAUUUUGCGGAACACCUGAAUUUCUGGCACCUGAGGUCCUGACUGACAUUUCUUAUGGUCGUGCAGUGGACUGGUGGGGUCUUGGAGUAUUGAUAUUUGAGAUGCUGGUUGGAGAGUCCCCAUUCCCAGGAGAUGAUGAAGAGGAAGUAUUUGAUAGCAUUGUCAAUGAUGAAGUUCGAUAUCCUCGUUUCCUUUCAACAGAAUCAAUUUCCCUUAUUCGAAAGCUGCUUAAAAAGAAUCCAGAGCGCCGAUUAGGAGCAGGUGAGUCAGAUGCAGCGGAAGUGAAGAAGCAGGCAUUCUUCAAGGAGAUUGACUGGGAUGCUCUGCUGGUCCGAAAACUAAAGCCCUUAUUUAUUCCUACAUUAAAGAGUCUCACUGAUGUCAGCAACUUUGACAAGGAGUUCACUUUACAAAAUCCCAUUCUCACACCCUGUCAUGAACAUCGUUCCCUCACUGCAGAAGAACAGGCCAAGUUCAAGGGAUUUGACUACAUGUGUGAGCUUUUUCAUGAAGUUUAACAUUGUUCAGCUAAUUUUCAGUGGAUGAGUCAUUGAAGUCAGCAGCUCUUGCAGCUUCAUUUCAUUCCUGCAUAUGGAUCAGUAUGGUUAAAAAUAAUAGUAAUAUCUAAAAUACCGUGCCUAAGAUGCAACCUUUCUUUGCUUCAAAGCCAAGUGCUUGGACAGAGCUACUACUACUACUUAGUGAACUAUUGGUUUAAUAGGCACCUUUCUUUCAGCAUUAAGUCCACACAAGUCUGCUGUGAAUCCAUUGGUGCUGUGCCAGAAAGUAUGGGAAAGAUAUGAGACUAAUAUGACACUAGCAAAUGAGGUAAUCUCUCAUUGUCAAAAGUGUGCCAUCCGUGUAAGAGUUAAAGCUGUGACUGAUGAACAGUCAUACUGUGAGUACUCAAAUGUAUUCAUAAUGACAGGGCUUUAACAUGUUGGUGUGAAAAUAGCCAAGAUGUUUAAAGUUCCUGCUCUGACGAAAAGGAAACAAAAAAAGUCUUUCAUGUUAAGAUUUAACAUCAUUAAUUUUGGUUCUGAGUGUUUGCUAUGGAUGGGCACUUGGACUGAACUUAAGAAAGAAUGCUAAGGAACAAGACUGCUGGUCAGUUCUGCAAUAGCCCUAACAACUACGUCAGUCUUUUAGUGAAAUAUUCAACAUUGUAUAUUUAUUCGUAUUUUUGACUAUAUGUCUAAAAUGAAUUUUUGAUAGCAUAUUUACAUUAAAGUAUAUUAAAGCACUUUUGCA